AUGCCUGGAUUCAUGAUGGAAUUGCUUCGUCAGCAGAGAGAGAUGAUGGCAAUGAACCAGCAGCUCGUUGCGACGAUGCUCCGGAGAAUGGAUCUGGAGGAAGAGAGAAGGAACAAAGCGGAAGAGAAAGUUCACGAGGCAGCUGAAGCGGCCAAGCAGGCAGCAGAGGCAGCUAAGACUCGGGACCCCUUCCAGCCGAGCACUGCUCCCGCGAGCAGUUCUGCCGCGAGUUCGGCAGUCUCCCCGGCAGUUCCUUCUCCCUCUGGGUACUCUGGUGCUGGAGGCCGUGCAGAGAAGUAUCUGCCGAACCUUCCGGUGAUAGACCAUCAAGGCAUGGGGAAAGGGCGCAUGAAGGAGGUAGAGACUUGGCACUCCUUUAUGGAGACGCUGAGUUCCUGGCUUGCCCUGCAGGAAGAAGCGUUUGUUCGGGAACUGCAGCUUUGUAUCCCUGUUAAGAAGGAGAUUGUGCAAGCUGACUUGAAUCCCGAGACUGCAGCGCGUAGCUCCAAGCUGUUCUACUACUUGACGCAGUCCCUCGCCAAGUGGGAGCGGGGAAGCGAGCUCUUGAGGUCCUGCUCGAAGAGGCAGGGGCAGAGCGCCUGCGGCUACGAGGUGAUUAGAACGAUUACCUCUCAGUACUCCAUCGUGUCGCGGAUGGAAGCUGUCUUCGUGAGAGAACAGGCUUUGAAGUUGUACCAGCACGUUGGGCAUCUGAAGAGGCCCACCGACUUGAUUCGACAUCUUGAGGAUUCGUUUUCGAAGUCUGAAGCGAAGCUGAGCAACUUUCCGGAGCUUCUGUUGUCUGAGGCUGACCGCUGCUCUGUCCUUUUGCAGAGCUUGGGUGCAGAAGUGCGUCAGUACGUGGUACUGCACGGGUCCAGCUCGAACUGGGAAGCUCUUCGAAGGACGCUGACUUACUACGAGGAGCAGCUGCGACUGUGUGAGGCCCCUGGGUCUUCGGGCCGAGCCUUGCAGGAGAAGCUUUGCGACUACUGCGGGAAGAAGGGCCGAGUCGGGAGGAAGCGCCACAGUGAUGGCGAUGAGGUUUUCCUGUCCUGGGCGUGGUUCUUCGGAGCCCUCUUCUUCGGAUUUCGUGUUGUCAAGAAGUACGACCGAACGGCCAAUCUGUUCAACGCCUCGGGUGGUGCGAUCGUCGUUUCGGGGGUUGUCGACCUUGAGGUUCAUUUUGGAGAUGUUUUCCUGAGGUUGGAAGAGGUCUUGGUGGCGGAUGUUGGGUUCAACGUUGUUUCGCCUUGGACCGGGUCGGAACGGGGCUGGAAAACCUAUCUAGCCAAAUCGGGAUCACGAUUGUACAAAGGAAACGGAAAGAAGAGCAUCAAGCUGAUGGGCGCCUCGCGCGCCUGGUGGGCUCUGAGCGGGAGGUCCAAGGGCCGGGGGAAAGAGAAUUCUUCCAGACGCCCCCCGAAAGGGAUCGAGGACAUGGAGAUAGAUGCCUUUAAGGACCGCGACCUGCUAGGAUCGAGCAAGGAGUCCACCGCAGGACCCCAGAAGCCUGGAGAAGGAAUCCUGAAGAAAGGAAGAAAGACUUCGGAAGAAGACGAGUCUGGCAGCCACGCUUUGGCUGUUCCAGAUUCGCAGUAUUCUGAGAGCGAUGCUGAUGGUAGCAUUGCAGCUGGAAGCAGCGGCAUGAGGCUAGGAAGCAACUGCGUGAAACAGUGGCAUGUUGGCAUGCUUGGCUUGAUUUUGCAAACGCUGAUGUUGCCGAAUGUUUGCGCUAGCACUGCGCACGAUUCAUCUGCAGCCGUUUUUCUCUUUGUUGAAGAGAGGUUCUCCUGGGAAACCGCCUACUCCACCGGCUUUGGAGAGCCCCUCUUUCGAACUACCGGGGGUCGAGCCGCCGGGUGGGGGACCAUUGUCGCCGGUGGCGGUCUAUCCGUCGCCAGUGGUGACGGAAGCAGUGGAGAGCCCGUUGCAGGCGGAUUCUACAGAUGGCUCUUCGACGGCAAAGGCUGCUGGAAGCCCUGUGGAGGAGAAUGCUGCAAGGAGUCCGCCGAAGGCGGAUAUUGCAGAGAGCCCUUUGUUCUCAGAGGAGAGCGAAGGGGAGGAGAGUUGGGGCACCAGUGGCCGAAUCCUUCGAAGCGCCUGCGCGCUGGGGGUCCUUCAGAGGUCGAGGGGCCUACGCCACCGCGGGUUGGAAUCCCGGCGAAUAUCUCGCCGGGCUCGCUGAGCCCUCCGUUUGGUGCUGUUCAGAUGGAUGUGGGAACCCAACUCCUCCUGAGGGCGUUGAGGCUGGAGGCUGGCCGCAGAUGGGAGCAUGCGGAAACGCUGGGUCUUGCAAAGGUCUCGGUCGACUCUACCGAGCCUAUUCCGUUGCUCUCGCACUUGGCGGGAAUUCCAGCGAAUAUGAACGAUGCCUACGAUGCCCCAUCCCUGGCGUUCUGUGCGCCAGGACACGCCUUGAGAGCACUUUGCUCUCCGGCGGCGACGAUGCUUGGUCCGAUAGGCCUGCCCGACCUAGAGCAUCCAGCUGCUUGGCUACCUGCCACUCCAGUGAUUCCUGUGACAGCGGCCUAUCCAGAGGAACCAGUGAGGGUUUCGAGGCCGAAGAUGGUGGAAUCGGAAGCCCAAUGUAUCAUUGGGCAGCAGGAAUGGGAGGUUCGGUUGGGACGUUGCCUAGAGGGCAAGAGCCUGGCAGAGUACGGGCUUCAUAUGGUGGACGUGGAGUUCGCUGUCAGGGUUACCGAACUUCUGGAGGCUCCACGGGCCGCUCGGGCAGCGUGGAAACGAAGGUUCCAGGAACCCAACCCUGUGUCUAUGUUACGUCGAGCUGUUUUGCAAACCUAUUUGGCUACGCCUGCUGGAUACAAGGGACUGGUGGGAGGACGUUCGAGUCUGCUCGUAAAGGUGCCCCAGUCGGUCACCUCGCUCGAGCUCAAAACGGCUUGGGCGUACCUAGACUCGGGCAUAUAUCUCCGUGUUGCCCGAUACUACCGGCGAAAACGAGAGGAGGAGCGCCUCCACGAGGCCCGGGAAUCCAUGCGAGCGGCAAGGGCCAAAUCGGCAGCGAUCCCUCAGGGCGGUGUUGUGGACACCACCUCUUCGAGCUCCGACGAGGAGUCCUUGCUCCUUGGAGAAGGAGAAGUCACAGCGCUGAACAGGGCCCAGGGCCAAGAAGAUUUAUCCGACAUCGCCAUAUGGCGCACGUUGGAAGAACUUACAGGCCAGAGGCUGUCCCAAUUGGAUGGCUAUGUUGGGGCCGACGAGGGAAAUCAGCCCAAUCAGCCCGCCGAGGCGGGACAGCCGGCACCGCCGAGCCCGGCUUCCUCAAUGCCACCUGGAGAACUGGUGGCUACUGCAUUCAAUCUCCCGAGGGUCUCAGCACCUACUCUUCCGGAGGGAAUGCAAAGGGAGGACUAUCAAAAGCACGGCGUGAACAUCCCGCCGUCGGUUCCAAAAAGAUCUCGGCUACCAACGCCUCCGAGAGCUCUGAGUGCGUCUGCGAGUGGUUCUGCCACCGGACAGACUGCCCAGGUGAGGCAAGCCCUCGAAGAGGGCCAGAGGCUUUUGGAGAGGAAGCUGCAGAGAGAGAACCAGACCAUAGGUCUUGAUUUCUUCUAUUUCGGAAAACUGAGGGUACUCUUGAUGAUGCACCUCGGUUCUAAGUAUACUGUCUCUCUUCCUGCGAUGCACCUCGAUGACCCUGACCUGCUCCACAACAUCAACCGUGUGAUUCGCGAAAUGGGAUUAGUCGGUAAAGCGGUUACAUUUCGGAUGGACCAAGAAGCGGCUCUUGGAGCCCUUGCCGAGAAACUCACCAAGUGCGAUAGCAGCCCUGCCAGCGCAACUUUGAUUGACGUGGUUCCGGGCUACAGGCCCCAGUCGAAGGGAUCGAUUGAGCGGCAGGUUGAAACUAUGAAGCAGGGUUUCUGGUCUGUUUGGCUGGACCUGGAGAAAGAGGUUGCUAAGGUGAAGCAGGAAACGGAAGCCGUUGAGCUUGGGAAGUAUCGGUUACCUUUGGGAGGUUUGCUUUGGCAAGCCUGUGUUUUCUAUGUUGCUAGGUGCUAUAACCUCUGGUGUACCAGCGUCGGGGAUUCGAGCACUAGCAUAGAUCGACUGCAUGAGGAGAUUGUGAACCGGACUCGGACGAGACCGUUCGGGUGUCUGGUUCAAGCCCAGGUCAGUAAGUCCAAGGCGCACCAUGAUAAGUUCAGGGGCGCCCGGACCGUGAAAGCGGUUUAUCUGGGACCGGUGCACGCCAAAGGUGGCGGCAUCUUUGCCGUCCCUAUCGGAAGCAGGGAAAUAGAUAUAUUCCCCGUCGCCAGAAUGAUUCAGGGAGGUGACAUCUACGAUGCCAAGACCCUGGAAGAGCUAUCUUUAGCUAAGCCUCUUCUGCAGGACACUGAGGACCCCGAGAGGCCCAUACUGUUUGAUCCGUUGGAGGCUCCUGGUGAUGAUGCUCCUGAUGAGGGGGCUGGUGUGGGAAUGGAUGAAGAUGGUGAUGAAGAGAUGAUUGAAGAUGAGCUUGCUGACUAUUCUCCUUCGGAAGCGCCUGAGAACCAGGAGGUUGUGAACGAUGAGGGGGAUAUGGAAAUAGACUGGCUCACGAAUCACUAUCUUGAGUCCCUGUUUCGAGGGCCUGACCUGCGAGCCACCUCCACUGCAGUUGCAAAGUCGUUUGAUUUGAAGUUUGGGGGUACGAAGAUACGGUGUGCUGUUCCUCAGAACGCUGUGUCUGAGACUUCGGGAGAGAAGCUAGAACCUGAUCUUCUUUACGCAUCAAUGAAGCUUGAGUUGGAAGAGUUGGAAUCCUUCAAGGUUGGGGAAGUGAUCCCUGAGCGCGAAGCUCGCCGUCUUGCUAAGGAAAACGGCAGGCGAGUCUUGACUAGCAGGUGGGUCAACACGGUCAAGAAGAAGGGAUUGUAUAGAUCUAGGCUAGUCGUGCGGGAUUAUGCCUCUAUGGGAGGCACCACCUUGAGUGAGGGAAUCUACUCUCCUACUACUUCAUUGGAGGGUCUGAGAUUGCUUCUGUCAAUGCUCUGCCGACGUGGCAGUGUGUUGUCCUGCGAUGUCUCGGUAGCGUUCAUGCAUGCUCCCGUAGCGAGGGCAGAAUUCGUAGAGUUGCCGAAUAAUGUGAGCACCCAGGGGACUGGGGAACGAGUUUUCGUCAAAUUGCGUAAAGCGAUGAACGGAUUGCGGUCUGCUCCAUUAUCUUGGUAUUGCGAGUUGGCUGAAUACUUGCGCUCUCAGAACUUCGAAGCAAGUUUGGACCCCACUAUAUUCCGUCGUCUUACGAGGAAGGGUUUGACGAUUGUGUUGUUUUAUGUGGAUGACUUGCUGAUCUAUAGCGAAGAUGAAGCUGAGGGGCGCCGGUUCUACGAGGAGUUGCGUAAAAGAUAUAAACUGAAACUUACGGGCGAGUUGAUUCAAGAUUGCCCCGGGGAAGUCUCGUUUCUCGGUCGGCGGAUCUUUCGCCGUAAGAAAGGGGAACGUACGGUGUAUUUCGGGCUAGACGAACAGUACCUGAGUUCCUGUUGCGAGGAGUACGGAAUCACCAAACCUGCACCAAAGCUCCCUUCCCUUGAACGCCGCUAUGCUGAGUUACUGAAGAAAGGCCAGACUGAGCUGAUCAGUCCAGCUGCUCACGAGAGGUACAGAAGGACUCUGGGCCGUUUGGCCUGGGCGGCUCUGUCACGACCAGACCUGCAGUUUGUGUGUGGGUUUCUGGGCCGCCACCAAGCAGCUCCUGACGAGGCUGCCGAGACCUGUAUGAGGGAUGUCCUUCGUUGGGUCAAGGGUCUUCCGCACAAGGUCCAGAGGUUUCCGAGUAAGAGGGAGAUCUUGGAAGAUGAUGCGGCAUUACACCGUCUGUGGCUGCGGAUCGUGGGUGUGGACGGACCAAAGCAGGGAACGACGCAGGAUCCGCAAUGGGGUCCGUCUGUGAGAGUGUGGAGGUCUCCCGCUGCUGCACAGCAGCCCGAGUCCAAGACGCCGAGACCCCCGCGCCAGAACCAAGCGCAGAGGGCAUUGACAACCAUCUGGGAAUCCUUGCCUGAGCACGCGCGCCAGCAGAUUGAGGAGGCGGGGUGGAGACCUAAGAUCCCUCAGCCCCCGCCAGGCCUAUUCAGGCAAACCAAAGGAGGUGCAGGCAAAGGCAAGGGUGCAGUUGGAACAGCGGAAGUCCGGGAUGAGGCUGCUCAGGCUGAGGCUGCUCGGUCCCUGUUUGCCUCGGUGAGCGAAGAGCAGCGUGAGCUUCUAUGUAAGCUUGGCAUCCAAGAGCCCGAGGUGCAGCCUCCGGACCUUGCUUCAUUGUGUAAGCAACACAUCCGUGCCUUGCCAGCUGACAUCCAGAAGCUGCUGGAAGACCCUCCUGAGCGGCCACCCACGCCUCAGGAGGUCAUGAGCGAAACAAGUAAAAAAUUUAAAAUUGCCACUGCAGAAUUGAGAGACCUUAUUUUCCGCAAAGCUGCCUUGCAAGUGCGUCUUGAUAAGCAUAAAGAGCUGUACUCCACCAUGUUGUCAGACAUGAAGUCCAUCAAUGAAUCCUUGGAGGAGCGACAAAAGCUGGUGGCUACCUUGCAAGGGGAAUUGCAAUCCUCGGUUGCUGGGGUCCCGGCCCCUGACGCUUUGCCUGAGGCAGCAGAGGCUCUUGCCAAGCAGGUUGAGGCCAUGGAUGUUGAUCAGCUUGACGACUACCGGCAGCGCCUUGUUGAAGCCAUUGAUGAAGCUGUAAAGCGCAGGCGCGUGGAUGCACCGGCGCAGAAGGCAGCGCCGACAAGCCCUCCUCCAGCUGGGCCAAGCCAGCAGGAGGCCGCUAAGGAGGAUGACAGGGAGAAGGGCAAAACCAGGAGUCAGGUCGAGGCGAGGCUCUUGAAUCCCAGCCUCUGGAAAAGCUUUUGGUUGCUUGCCGCGUGCGCAGUGGCGUAUGGACACCGGCCGAGCGCAGUCGUGGGUGCGCAGGAUUUGUACCUCUUGUGGCAAUCAAGCCGAAUCGCCCGGUGUCCCCGCAACAUCCGGAUGUCUCUGCAGAUCCAACUGGGUGCCAGGACGGAUUUUGCCAGAGUUGAAAAGCAGCUUCUUGAUGCAGUUGAGAUCAUUGAGGAUAAUUUUGAUGAGACCUCCUUGGAAUGGUGGGCAGGAAAACAACAGGGAGUCCGCGGCGGUUUGGUCACCAUCUCGGCGUCUCAUUACAAUGUUUUCCAGUCUUUUGAGUUCCUGGCUGAAGGCUGUGGUUUUCUUGUUGAUCAGUUUCGCUUGAAAGGGUGGACUUUGGCUGUCAUCAACCUCUACCUGCAGUCUGGUUGCUCUUUGCAGGCCGAGCCCAAUUGCACCAUCGUUGCAACUUUGCUUGCCACGGUCCGGAGUCUAGCAGUGCCGUGGAUUGUUAUGGGUGAUUUUAAUUUGCCGAUUGAGGAAAUGCAGGCCACCUCCAUCCCAACCGAGGCUAGAGGCUUGUUGUUGUCCCCAGGCGGACCAACGACUGACCAUGGUGCCUGCCUUGACUAUGCCUUGAUUUGCCAUUCCUUAUCGGGUUGUUUUAAGCCGAGCCUUGACUGGGCAGCACCUUUUCGCCCACAUGCUCUUGUUGAAUUUUCGCUGGCAGCUGAUUGCACCACUGCUGUUCCGCAGCUGCCCCGCUUCAGACAACUUGAAGUUGCACACCAACCUUUCAGCCAGUCUGCCUCCCGAUGUCAGGUCGUGUGGGAGGGCAGCCAGCAAAUUUCUGAGAUCACUAGUGUGUUCGCGAGCUGGUCCCGAGAUGCAGCCGCGUCUUGUGGGAUUUUAGAUGGCUUUCCUGGCAGUUCUUUUGUGAUUCAGGUCAAGCCGCUGGUGGCUCCGUCUGCCCCACACCGACUGUGGAAAGGGCAUGCUGAAUCCUUCUGGGAUCGCAUCGUUGCGUGGUCCAAACAUUUUCGGGCCCUCCAGAGCAAGCCUUUAACACACCCGGAGGAUUUCUUAGCUCAGGCUGACACUCAUUGGGCUGAUGUUGGCAACAUGCCCCUUCACCAAUGGAAGGCCCAAGCCUUUGGCAUGCUCAAUGGGUGUGAACCGGAUGACGCCUGGGUUGCGGCCACGUCUCGCCAGCAGCGCCAUGCUCGAAAGUUGCAUCUUUCUGACAAAAGUGCGGACUAUCAGUCUUGGCUUCAGUCCUCCAUGAAAGCUGGCAUGCGGCCCCUCUUCAGAGCACUCAGCAAUCCAGAAGCCAAGGUCGAGAGGCCCUUUCUUGAUAGUCCGUUGGAAUUUCGGCCUUUCCUUAGGCUGGAGUUCUGGAGUAAACUGUGGAAGGCGCAACCGUCGCCUUUACCGGAGCUCGAUUCAAAGCUUCAGCACGUGGCCCGGGAACACGCGGCACAGCUUCCACCCUUGAGCCUUGAGCAAAUCAAGCAAAGGAUCCGCAAGCUCAGCAACAAAGCUGGGGGAGCCGAUGGUUGGAGUUACGCACAGUUCAAGGUUCUGCCGGAUGAGGCGCUAGCCCUGCUUCAUAAUUUUCCGCCGCUUUGUGCCGACACCGCCCUGAAAGUUUACAGAGGAGCCAGAUACAUCAUUUCGGACAGUGUUGUCUCGCCCAGAUGCUUCGGGGCAUCCGGCCUCAUGGCCGGAUGCCCCUAUGCGCCAGCAAUUGCAAAACUGGCACUGUUUCCGAGCCUUUCCUCAUUGCACAAGAGCAAGCUGGCUGACAAUAUCACGGCUUGGUUGGACGAUGUCAGUGUCGAUACUGAAGGCGCUCAAGCAGAGAAGACGGCACACCGUGCUGCUCAAUCCUACAACUUGUUGAAGCAUGCCUUGCAGCGGGAUGGACUCCACAUGUCCAUCGCAAAAACGAUUACAGUUGCAAAGGCUCGUCAAGCAAAGGGCCAGGCCAGAGCAGGACGUCAGCGAACGCUCAAAGUUCCCUCCUUGUCCCACAAGUGGAGGCUGUACAAAGGAGGUAUUUUCGCCUCUGCUGCAUGGGGCCAUCAAGCUCAGGGAAUUUCUCCGAAGCGAUUGAAAUGGUUGCGAGGGUGUGCUGCGCAGCAGCUGCAGCGACACAAACUUGGCAGCCUUGAUCUGCUUUUCGAUUUGCGCUGCAAGUUUGAGGACCCUCUCAUCACCAUCUUGACACAACACUUUGCCACGAUUACUAAGGUUUUUCUUCGAUGGCCAGGGACCCUGUGGGGACAGCUCAAAACUUCCUGGAGCAGCACGUGGAGCCGACUCAAGGCUUCACCCCAUCCGUGGAAAUGCGUCUCUGGACCGAUGGCGGCCGCACAGGCCUAUCUGAUGCAACUUGAGAUCGAUGGGCAAAGUCUUGAGCAUUGGACUUGGGAUGAUGAGGAUUUCACCUGCGAUUGGAAGGAGCCUGGCAUGCCCGUGUUGCUGCCUUUGUGGAUGACCCUCUCCUUGCUGAAGGUGUCGAUUGGGCCAGCCAUAGGGCCAGAAUCCGACGUGAAGCCAAAGCCAAACGCACCACGAAGUGGCUACAUGCUUUGUGGCAAGGAGCAGUGCUUCAUAACCAAAAUGGAGGCACUCAGCAAUGCCCGCUAUGCCAUUGUGAUGCCUCGUGGUCGCAUGUGCUCCUUGAGUGCAGAUACUGGUCUGGGCGCCACCGCGAUCCACCUGAGCAUUGGGCUGAGCUCAAGCAAAAGUCUAUGGGCGACUACCAGCAAGCUUAGUGCAUCGACUUAUGUGUUCAGCACAGACGCCUCUGGCGGGCCGGAUAGUGUUGACACCCGCCUGCGCAUCGUUGCCUUUGCCCUGCUGGCCCUUCAAAAGGAGGGUGACGAGCUCACCUGCGUUGCCUCCAUCACCGGGUUUCUUCCCGUCGGCUCGUCGGUUGCAGAAGGCGAAACACAUGCGCUGCAGCUCCUCGCUGAGAAUGUCGACGGUUUUGCUGAUGUCACCUGUGACUGUCAAACGGCCAUUAAGAACUCCCAGAGACUUGAUAAUCUUGAUUGUCAUUGGGUUCGGUCACACCAGUCAGCUGCUGCUUUUGAAAAGGAGUUUGGGGCAGACCAGCUAUGGCGCAUGAAGGCCAAUUCUUUAGCUGAUGAUAAGUGUGGUAAGCUGGCUGCAACCCUUGUUGAUAUCAACUUUAAAAAUGAUGUGCAGGAGUUGGACCGUCUUGCUCAGCAGAUCUCGACCUUUCUUGCUGAACGUGUGGAGCUUUUGUUGACUUCCAAAAAAGUUGAAGCUGACACCAGCCGUUCCAUUGCGGAGUCCUUUAAAGCCAAGGAGCAGGAGGAUACCUCCAAGCAGACCCGCCUGUCCUUUCGGUGA